AGUACUUUAUUUUGUCCUAAAUGAUCAAUGGACAUGUAUCUAAGAACAAUGGUCAAAUGUUCCCAACUUUUGGCUGGUACAUUUUUUCACAAUUUUGAUAUAAAGUUGCAAAUAUCACUGUAUGUAGCAGACAGCCAUUCUGCAAUGAUGAUGUCAUAGCUGUUCCUUAAUUGGCCAAUCACAGCUGGGGUAUUAGAGCUCAUAGUGCAAUUGACCAAUCACAGUCCAUGUAUUCUGAGUCUUGGUUCGCAUGCACUGUCUGUAUGUCUAGUCUGCUAGUGCACCAUGACCAUGGAGUGUUGCAUGCACAUUGUUGAUGGCGAUUCGACAAAUAUUAUCUCUUUUUCUGAGACAAGCUGGAGGAAAUUUGUUAUCAGUGUUCACCAGUGGAAGGAAUUUGACAUUAAAGAAGGUGUUAUUGCUACCCAUGCCAUUGAAAAGUAUGAUUUGGAGCUUGUUUUGUCUCCAGAUAUUCUCAAUGUGCCUCCUCAAACUUUGGGUUACCAUCGCGCAUGUUACAUGCGAUUUACCGACAAAACUAAGAUCGAGAGGGUCAGGAAGAAGCAAGAAAGAUCAGGACAUGAAGCCACAAGAACCAACGAUGUUCCACUGGAGGCAGAAGAUUCAGGGAUAAAGCCACCUUCAAAGAUCCGACAACUUCGACCGAGGCAGUCGGAUCAGCAUAGUGUUCAGCCAAGGGUUCGGCAUAUUCUUCCAGUGCAGUGCAUAAUAUGUAGGAAAGACAAAACAACUUGUGAUCAUUUUACAAGGAAAAGAAGGAAGGAGAAAUUAACUCAAUGUGAAACAAUUUCAGCAGGUAAGCUUGUACUUGCUGCAGAAAUGCGCACCGAUGAGAAGAUUUUGAUGCAGAUUCGUGGGAAGGACCCUGUCGCAUUGGAAGUGAGAUACCACUUGAGCUGUUACCAGAACUAUACAAGGUUUCUCACAAAGAAGGACAAAGAAGAAAACUCUGAGAACAUUUUGUAUAAGAAGUCAUAUGAUCAUUUUUGUAGAUCAGUUGUUGAUGUAAGAGUGGUGAAGGGUCGAGAAGUGUUAAGGUUACAGAAAUUGCUUGGAUUGUUCAAGAAGUGUGUGAAGGAGGUAGAGGGAAAAGAAAUCCCAAGUUACAAGUCAUUUAAUUUAAAGCGAAGGCUUCAAAAGACCUUUCCAUUUCUCAAAUUUCUUAGGUCUUCUCACAGUAAUGCUAGUGAUUUAGUUUUUGUUGAAGAUUUAUCUAUGGAUGAAGUUGCAGAGGACGUUGUUCAUCCAUUUUCAUCCGACAUAAGCAGUACAGAUGAGACUGAUGGGGAUACCGACUCUGACAUUCAUCAAACUGAAGGAGCUCCUCAAGUGAGAACAUCAUGUGACUUGAGACCACUAUAUCAUGCAGCACAAUCACUCAGAAGAGCAAUAGAAAGAGGUUCUAAUUCCAUUCCUCAGCCUCCAUGGCCACCAACUGCGAGAGACUUAACUGCAGACAUGGCUUUGGGAUUAGUACCAGAUGCGCUGUAUAACUUUAUGGCAUGGACUGUAGGUGCAACUAAUGAACUCCCUCCAGAUAAUUCAAGAGUGCAGGUGAAGGAUGCAAAGAAAAGUAAGAUUGUCUCAAUAUGCCAGGACGUAAUGAAUCUUGCUUCCAGCGGUAGGACGAUUAUGCCAAAGCACUCUGCUCUGGCUAUGUCGGUGAGACACCUUACUGGCUCGGCGCAGCUCAUUGGGCUGUUGAAUGGAUUAGGGCACUGCUCCUCGAACUCACAAGUCCUCGAGCAUGACACUGCCCUUGCUCAACUCCAAAUUCAACGAGGCGAGAACUUCAUUCCUCCCAACAUUUUGCCAUCUGUACAUACCACACUAGUGUGGGAUAAUAAUGACUUUGGGGAGGAGACCCUCUCCGGUAAAGGGACAACCCAUAACACCAAUGGCAUAAUCUUGCAGAGGCCAUCACCAGCAACUACCCAUCGCACUGAAAGUAUCUCGGUAGAAAGGACACGUAAGAGGUCUAUACAGCCACCAGCAGCAAACAUUGACUACUACAGUGGAGGGCAAAGAAGAGGUCCUUUCAUUGAGCAAGAUGUCGCUGUAGAUUUAGAAGACCAUAUCCACAUCCAACAAAGUUCAAGGAGAUUAGACAGUGCAUACUACUUCACCAAGGUUUCAAAUGUACAUGCAUUGCCAGGUUGGAGUGGGUUCAACACAUUACUUCAGAGAUGUGAUAUUCCACCACUGACAAAUAUAGGAUAUCUACCAGUCAUAGAUGCCAGCCCAACCAAUUUGAACACUGUAUACACCAUCCUUUGUCGCAGUGUUGCCAUUGCUGAUCAGCUAGGGCUAAAUAGGAUCGUAGUAGUCUUCGACCAAGCAAUUUAUGCGAAGGCCCAAGAAAUCAGAUGGAGAAAUGACAUGUUCAGGGACAGACUUGUCAUUCGCAUGGGGGAAUUUCAUACUGCUAUGGCUUACCUCGCCUGUAUAGGAAAGAGGUUUGGGGAUGCUGGAUUCCAGGACAUUGUCAUUGAAUCAGAAGUUGUUGCUGCUGGGUCCUUAAGAGGAGUCAUAAGUGGUCAUCACUACAAUAGGAGUCUAAGGGCUCACAAGCUAGUAUGUGAGGCUCUUCAUCGUUUGUGUUGGCAGGCCUUCUUUGACACCCUUUCAGAGGAAGAUCAAGCUCAAUCACAGAAAAUUGUCUCGGACAUGCAAGCAGCAUUUCCAUCUCAGGACUUUGAUUACUACAUUGACUCAGAAGCAUAUCAGAAUCUAAGCACUAGCUAUGAUAACUUCAUCAUCGAAAAUAAGAACAAUGAGACUUUUCAGUUCUGGUGCUCGUACAUGGAAAUGGUUGGUGAUUUGCUACAAUUUAUCAGAGCAACAAGACAAGGAGAUUGGAACCUACACCUGUCCUGUGUGCGCUCAAUGCUUCCCUGGUACUUCUCGUAUGAUAGGGUAAACUAUGCGAGAUACUUGUCUGCCUACUGGGUUGAAAUGUGUGCACUGAAGGAAACUCAUCCAGAUAUUCAUGAUGCAUUGCGUGCUGGUAAUUUUGUUGCUCAACGACAACAGAAUCAUGGUUUUGCCCAGGUUGCUUGUGACCAAGUGAUAGAGCAAACAGCAAAUCGGGACUCAAAGACCAAGGGAGGAUUGACAGGAUUUACCCUCAACAAGGGUGCUGUGUACAGGUGGACUCUUUCACAGCAUGAAAGAGCUGCCAUUACAAGAGAAUGUCAAGAGAUGGCUGGUCGUAACACCUCAACUCGACAAAGGAUUGACUUGGAUAGAUCAAGAAUAGAUCGUGAUGAAAGGGACAUCCAGAACAUCAUGGACACGAUACUCAAUAUGGUCAACCCAUUCGAUGCCUCACUUGAGAGAGAACAGCUGUACAACAUAACAUCUGGACAAAUGGCACCAAAACCUGUUCUUCAAGACCUGAAGGGAGCAAAAGAGAAGGGGGAAGAGGCUCUCAUGUCAUUUUGUCAGGACCGAUUACUCAAACAAGAUGUCGGCUUCCAUGAUACCCUGAAGAGAAAUAAGCUGAAGACCUUCAAAGAUGCAGCAAAAUCCUCAAUCACGAGAGUGAAAGGAAGAGAGAUUGCACUCAAGGCUGAUAGAAACUUGUUUGCACGUCUUAUUGUGGUCGGCACCGUUCGAAAGAUUGAUAUCGGAGAGAUGCUUGUGCAUACUUUGGGACCAUUGCCUGCUCCUUUAGCUAAUCAUGAUGGCUCUCUAGUGAAGACAAACAAAGCCAAACUACUUCAUUUCCUAGAGGGAUCUGUAAAACCAUCACCAACGAUAGAAGAUAUCCCUUUCGGAUCUACAUGGGUGUGGGAUGCUAUGGCAUUGAUCCGCAGCAUCAAACCUCCUUCUACAUUUGGGCAAUUUGCGGACCAGGUACUCAAGAUAUUAGUGAAGCAAGCAAAGAUGAACAAAUCUAAAAUUGUUCACUUUGUUCCUGACAGAUACAAAUCCAAGAGCAUCAAGAAUGCUGAACGAGGGCGACGUGCUGUCGAGGGGUCCCAGCUCACAAAAAUCUUCUCUGGUGACCAGAAGAUACCAAACCAGUGGACAAAGUUUCUCUCUUCUGGGGAGAACAAGGAGAAUCUCCUCCAAUAUCUCUUUGAGAGAUGGAGCCAGUCGGGAAAGGACAUAAUUGAUGAUGUCACGGUUAUUGUUGGACAUGGGGAAGAAUGCCAUGCCAUUCGCAUGGACAGGAGCAAGGGAGAGCUGGAAAUACAACCUUUACCGGCAUUAUUCUCUACCCAAGAAGAGGCAGACACCAGACUCCUCCUUCACAGUCUACAUGCUGCCAGUUGUAGUGUUGAUGUAAUUAUCAACAGUCCCGACACUGAUGUGUUCAUCCUCUGUCUGGCUUUUUCACAAGAUAUUGACGCAAACAUGUAUUUCCGGACAGGCCAAGGCAACAAGACCCGAACCAUCGCCAUCGGUAAUGUCUUCAACCAUUUCGGCCAAGAUGUGUGCAGAGCCCUCAUUGGAUUGCACUGUUUCACAGGUUGUGACACAGUGAGUGCCAUGUAUGGCAUUGGGAAGGUGAGAGCUCUGAAAUUGAUGAUGUCUAGCAAAGAGCACUGUACCACAUUUCAGAAUCUGGGAGCAUCAUUUUCAGUGCCUCUAACCCUGUAUGAAGGCAUCGAGGCAUACACCUGUGAGCUUUAUGGACAGAAGGGGUGCAAAGAUGUUAAUGAUGCAAGAUGUAAAUUGUUCAAGAGCGGCACUUGCGGAGAGAAGAGCUUACCCACAAACAAGGACAGUCUCCACAAGCACACACAGAGGGCAAAUUACCAAGCUGCUGUCCACAAGCUUUGUCUUGACCCUAAACCAGAGACACCAUCUCCAGAGAGCCAUGGAUGGAAGGUUGAGGAUGAUGCGUACGUCAUUGAUUGGAUGACACUGCCACCAGCACCUGCCAGUGUAUUAGAGCUCUCUCACUGUUCAUGCAAGAAGACACAGUGUACACAAGGCCGUUGCUCCUGUCUUCAAAAUAAUAUGCCAUGCACCGAUAUGUGCUCAUGCAUCGAUUGCGCAAAUUUGCCAUCCAUGUCAAACAGAGUAGGGGAUGAUGAUGAUGAUGAUGAUUCUGAUGAGGAAUUGGAGGCUGUGAUAUGAUAAUUUUUUAGAUAUAUCUACACCAAAUCAGUGUAAAGAAAAAAAAUGUAUUGAACUUAAGCUUUUAUUAACAUUUAACUGAACGUUAUACAGCUUGUCAUUUGAUUAUCUACCCAUCUGAAGAAAUUGCUAAAAUCAAAUUUUGUGUUUUGCAGGUAAUGAUAUAAAAUAAUAAUAUUCCGCUUUUAAACAGGUCCUAGCGCUUAAUAGAUCCAGAAUGUCUCUAAGCGCUUUAGAGAUAUCAUAUACUAUUAAUGUAAUGUAAUAUGCAUAUGACUUCCUUCACAAAUGUAUCUUUUGUUGUUUCAUUAUAAGAAACUCUUUAAAACCAUAUUUCCAAUGUCUUAACACGAUUUUGAAACAUACCCCGGUACAAACUAUUUCAACCAGCUAUUCUUGCAUGCAUUUCUUAUCAUCUUGAAUACAGAGCUACUGCACAGUAACUUACUGUUGAUAGAUGCUUGUACUACUUCUUUCAGUCAUCCAUAAUAUUUGUCCUACGAUAAUGUGGAAAUAAUUGUAAAUGAAAAUAUGUUGUAAAAAGGUACAUUGUAAAUAAUUAACUGUAAUGUCUUUUCUUGUUCAUACACCGUACUGUCAUUCCAACAUAUAUUUUGUUUUUGUUUUUAUUUUUUUACAUUUGAGAUACUUCAUUCAAUUUUGUAUCAGGAACCCUAAAUUACAAGCCCUGCUUUGUAGGUUUCCUGUACA